AUGGCCGCCCCCGCCUCUGUGACAGGCCUGAUCACGUGGGCGCCGUCGCCUAUGAGGUCGUCGCGGCUCCGGCCGCGAUUGUCCCUUCCCGGGCCCCGUCCCGAGGAGGUGCCCGCCCUUGUCAACCAAAGCCUGAGCGAUCAUGGCAACGGGCUCUGGUGGGGAGCGCGUGGCCGCGGCGGCAGUUUGGUCGCGGGCCGGGACGGCCGAGCGGCGGCGGCGGCGGUGGCACUGGCGCUGGUACCGGCCCUGAGCGCCAUGCAGCGGGGCAGCUCCGAGAGGGAGUUGGCGGCCGGCUGGGAGGCGGAGGCGGUGGCCGUGGCCGAAGCGCCGGCGGCGGUGGCGGCGGCGGCGGCGGCGGAGCCCGUCGGCGUGGACUCGGGCGCGGCCGGGGAGCCAGAGCGCAAGGCGCCGGAGGAGCAGUCCAAGGAGCGGGCCCGGGCGCAGCCCCGCGCGGCCGAGGAGGGGGACGCCCUGGUGACCCCGCGGCCGCCGCCCACGCUGCCCCUGGCCAAGCCGCAGCCGGCGCGGGUGCUGGGCCUCUGCCAGCACCGGAAGCCCCGGAGCAAGGGCCGGGGCUGCCGGCGGAGCUCGGGCCGCUCGGCGGACGAGUACUGCUCCCAGCGGCCGGUCACCGUGGACAGCUCCAAGGCCAGGACCUCCCUGGACGCCCUGAAGAUCAGCAUCCGCCAGCUCAAGUGGAAGGAGUUCCCAUUUGGCCGACGCUUGCCUUGUGACAUCUACUGGCAUGGAGUUUCAUUUCACGACAAUUACAUAUUCUCCGGCCAAGUGAACAAGUUUCCAGGCAUGACGGAGAUGGUGCGUAAAAUUACUCUGAGCAGAGCCGUGAGAAUCAUGCAGAAUCUCUUUCCUGAGGAGUACAACUUCUAUCCUCGCUCUUGGAUUCUGCCUGACGAGUUCCAGCUCUUUGUUGCUCAGGUUCGAACGGUGAAAGAUGGCGACCCCUCCUGGAAGCCCACGUUCAUCGUGAAACCUGACAGCGGCUGUCAGGGCGAUGGCAUCUACCUCAUUAAAGACCCCAGUGACAUCCGCCUGGCAGGGACCCUACAGAGCCGGCCGGCGGUGGUCCAGGAGUACAUCUGCAAACCUCUUCUGAUCGACGAGCUCAAGUUUGACAUCCGUCUGUAUGUCUUACUCAAGUCCUUAGACCCCCUGGAGAUUUAUAUAGCCAAAGACGGACUCUCUAGAUUUUGUACUGAGCCAUACCAGGAGCCCAGCCCCAAAAACCUGCACCACACCUUCAUGCACCUGACCAACUACUCCCUGAACAUCCACAGUGGCAACUUCGUCCAUUCGGACAGCAUGAGCACAGGCAGCAAGAGGACUUUCUCUAGCAUUCUCUGUAGACUGUCUUCCAAAGGUGUUGACAUCAAGAGGGUCUGGUCUGACAUCAUCUCCCUGGUGAUUAAGACUGUCAUUGCCCUGACUCCAGAGCUCAAAGUCUUCUACCAGUCGGACAUCCCCGCGGGGAGGCCGGGGCCCACGUGCUUCCAGAUUCUAGGCUUUGACAUUCUUCUGAUGAAAAACCUGAAACCUAUCCUACUUGAAGUAAACGCGAACCCCAGUAUGAGAAUCGAACACGAGCAAGAACUUUCUCCAGGGGUGUUCGAAAAUGUCCCCAGCCUUGUGGACGAGGAAGUGAAGGUGGCUGUGAUCAGAGACACGCUACGCCUCAUGGACCCACUUAAGAACAAAAGAGAGAACCAGUCUCAGAAGCUUAAGCAGCCACGAGCUGUGAAGGAAGAGCCUUCUGACAGCGAGCCGGCCAGCGCCUCCGACGCCAACCCCAAUCCCGAAGCGCACCUGCCCUCCAUCUGCCUCAAGCAGGUGUUCCCCAAGUAUGCCAAGCAGUUCAACUACCUGCGCCUGGUGGACAGGAUGGCAAAUUUGUUUAUCCGGUUCCUGGGGAUCAAGGGGACAAUGAAGCUGGGACCAACAGGCUUUCGGACUUUUAUCAGGAACUGCAAACUCAGCAGCAGCAGCUUGUCCAUGGCGGCCGUGGACAUCCUCUACAUUGACAUCACAAGGAGGUGGAACUCCAUGACGCUGGACCAGCGGGACUCGGGCAUGUGCUUGCAGGGCUUCGUGGAGGCUUUCUUUUACCUGGCUCAGCGGAAGUUCAAGAUGCUGCCUCUCCACAAGCAGGUGGCCUCGCUGGUCGACCUGUGCGAGUACCACCUCUCCCUCCUGGACGAGAAGCGCCUGGUGUGCGGCCGGAGUGGCGCGUCGGGGGCCCGGGCCCUGGACAGCGGAACCCCCCAGGAAGCCACCUCCUCGGCCCCGCUGGCACAGGGCACCCCCCCGGCCUGCACAAACAGCACCCACAAGGUCUCCCACUCCAGACACGCACUGUCCUGAGGGCCCCUCGAUGCUGCGGAUGGAGAAUGAGCCCCUCCGGGCCGAAGAGAACCCUCUGGGCUUCUGGCCCGCGGAGAGGGGAGGCCGGCUGCGGAGAGCCCCUGCGGGAGAGCCCCUCCUCUGGCCCUCCUCGCCUCCAUGUGCCGCUCAGCCGCGCUUCGAGAGGCUGAUUCCACGCCCGCCUUCCUCUUGAUGGCCCAGCGAUUCGUGAGUCAUCGGCGGACAUAUGACAUCCCAAACGUGACAGAUGGCAGCAUCUAUUCUGGGCUCACAGGAAGCAACAACCGGGCAGAACUGUUGCUCUGGGGGCACGGGGCAGCCGAGACCCCCAGCCUGAGCCGUGGCAGGAGACCCCGAGGAAGCCACGGCCCGGCAAGGGGGCAAGGGGGGCGGCGCCGGGGCCUCCGAGAGAACUGUUCGGUCCCAGGGACAUCAUGUUCAUUUCCUCCCAGCGAGCUGUGAGAACCAAGUGGCGCUGGCACGCGGGCAGACGCGACUCUCCCGUCCCCAAUCAUGUGCUUCAUGGGUGCCGUGAGCAGAUCGGCCUCCUUUAUUCGUUUAGCUUGCCUGUUCCUGCAGUGUUCGCUUUGUUGUUAAUUAUGAAAUAACUAACCAAGGAGUAACUAAGGAAGGCUCUGAGAGUCUUAAAGCUGACGGGAGCCUCAGAGGUCAUUUUGUUUGAUUUUGUUUGAACUUGAUUCCAAAGCCGGUGUCCCGCGGUCACGUGGCUUCUGAUGGCUCACCCUGCACAGAUAGGGCAUGGCCAGCAGGUGGACAGCAGGUGCUGCCAGAGGGCCCUGGGUGGGUGGAGGACAGAAGACCCUGGGGAGGACCAGCGAGAGAGGAACAUGAUGUCCGAAGCUCAGGUGGUGGGCGUGGCAUGAGGGAAAGGAGGGCCCACACGCUCCCUUCCACGAGACCCUUCCCUUGUCUCCGUGUCCCCAGGCAAAGCCCUUCUCAGAGGGGAAGACUCAGAGGCCUCCAAAGGUGGCAUUUUGGAAAACCAAGCCCUACAGAGCCCACUCUGGGCUGUUUGUCAACCAGAGCCUCCUGUAAUGACUUUGUUUUCCCAAACAGACAGCAGGACAAGAGGCCUAAGAUGGGAGGGGCGGGAGGAGGCUGAGGCUACUGAAUGCCCCUGUUCGGGGACAGUCAUCAGCCUGACUCCCCAAUCACCUUGGGUAGUUUCCUACUGCUGUUCCCAUUUUCAGAUGGGAA